AUGCACAUCACAUAUGAUGAUAUCGUCGGGGAGUGCCCUUCGUCUAUGAACAAACAGACAGACACAUUAGUGGAGAUAUUUGGAGGCGUUGAAGGUCAUCGAGAUGAAAUCCUGAGUGCUACAGAGCGCUGGGCCAACCCCAUCUACUGCUCCCUGGGUGGACACAAGGACUUCAUCGUGGGCUGUUUCUUUGAGAAGGACAGUCUGGAUCUGUACACGGUGAGCCAGGACGGGACGCUGUGCGUGUGGGAGAGCGACACCGAACCGGACGGCCUCGUCCUGAAGAAGAGCCACGACAAACCCAAGCCCCCGAGACAAGGGGAGGAAGAGGAGGAUGAGGAGGGAGAGGUCAUCAGAGGGAAAGCUGAAGCUCCCAAACAGAAGGAGACUAAGAAUGUUUGUAACAAGCAGAGGAGCAAGCACUUCUUCAAUAAGGAGAGGGAUUUUAACAACUUGACAGCCGCUGCCUACCACAAGCCGACAUCCUGGUCACAGGUUUUGUCUCUGGAAUCUUCCACCUGUAUGAACUUCCAGAGUUCAACCUUAUUCACUCCCCGAGUUGCUGGGCUUUGUGGCGGCGUGCUUGGAGAAGUCGGGUCACCUGCAGUUCUACAUGACCUGGGCCCAGAGCCUGCUCAUGCUGCAUGGACAGAAACUCAAGAACAGGUCAGGAGCCGUACUGCCCACCCUGCAGGCGCUGCAGAAGAGCAUCCAGAGACACUUUGACAAUAUGUCCAAACUGUGUGACUUUAACAUGUACAACAUUCGUUAUGCCGUGGCCCUGUCCAAGCAGAGGGGCAUGAAGAGAGCAGCUGAGGAGGAUGAGGGGGUCGAGGAGGAGGAUGAAGAGGAGCUGUCUGAGGAGAUGAGCGAGGCCUCUGUGGAGGAUGCAGAGAUGAUGCUGUAGGCCUGACCUCAUUCCAACAACAUCGCCACAAAUGGAGAAUAAUAAUGUUGGACUGUCAAAGCAAACAGUUAUAUUUGUUCUUUAAAAAUAAUUGUAAACUGUUUUUUAUUAAAUUCAUGUGUAAAUGUGCAAGUUUUA